UUUUGGACAAUUGUCCAAAAUAUCAAAUUGUCCAAUUUCCCAUCACUGAUAUAUGAAGAUUUCAUAGUUGUAAAAUAUUCUAAGCCAAUGCUGAUAUUUUCGAACCCUCUUCUUAAGAAAUAUAAAUGCGUAAUUAAUUGGGAUAAAGAUGAAUUAAAGAUUUCUCAUAAUGGCAAAGAUUUAAUUAUUCCAGUCACCAUGCAUAAAGUCAAGAAUAAGCUCAAGAACUUGCAAGACUUAAUUGAGAAUAGUAAUAUAUUAAAAAAAACACAUGAAUUAUGA